ACAGCUGUGAGGACUUUGUUGUUUUCCUCUUUUGUGUCUGGAGCUGCAAAAUUUCAGGGCAAUAAUGGCAACUAUACGCAUACCCAAGCAAAAGGUGAUACUCUGCGGCGAUUAUGGCGUCGGCAAGAGUUCGCUGUUUCGCCGCUUCACCAACAAUACAUUCGUGACGGAGACAGACCGCAAAUCUACACUGGGCCUAGAUAAUAUUGAUCGGGAGUACAAUGUGGGCGACAAGCAGAUUAAGCUCCAACUGUGGGACACUGGCGGCAUGGAACGCGUGGCUUCUGUGACCUCUUCCUACUACAAAUUUGCAGAGGGUGCAAUACUUGUUUUCGCCCUGGACAAUGCCGCGUCCUUUCACUCCCUUUCGCAGCACUUGCUGGAUAUUGUUACGUAUGCCGAGAAUGCGAAGAUCUUCAUCUGUGGCAACAAGAGCGACUUGGAGGGGCGUGAGCCGGAAGUCAGUGACGAGGAGGUGGAAGCUUUUUGCGAGCAGUGCCACUCACUGAUUAGUGCCACCUACAAGACAUCUUGUCGCACCGGGGCGGGUGUUGAGGAAAUGUUUCGCGACAUAUCGCGACAACUGGUGCACGCCAAUCGCUCCAAAAUGGAGCUGCAGGCUCUCGAGCAGAAAAGCUUCAAAAUUGACACAGCCAGUGACCCGACGGUCAACGAGGAGGCCUCCUCCUGCAGCUGCUAGCAGUUGGGGAACAUUGAGUUUGGCUAAAGCCAGACUCAAUGCGAGCAGAAAUGCAUUUUUUAUUUAUUUUUUAUUUAUUAACGAUGCGAAUUGUAGGUGCAUUAUGGGCCUAUUCACCUUUGGUUGUUUUUUUUUUACGAAUUAAUGCAAGAUACGUCCCUAAAAUGAACACGAAACACCAAACUUUUAACAUGAGUCAUAGAAUAGGAGUAGUAGGUAUCUAGGCGCCGCGUAUUGCCAAAUAAAAAGUACUCGUACAUAUGUAGAUUAGUGCGUAAGUCUUUGCAGCUUUCUCCCACUAGGAUUAGCCGUUGGGAACUUUUCCUUUACACACUGGAAUACUCGUAGACGUAAGAUAUUCUAAACAAAUAAUAAAUAAUCAAUUCACAAAACAGGAAUGCGUC